ACAGUGCAUCAGAGAUCACUUUAUCAGUGCCAUGGAGUUCAACGUAUGUUGUCGGAGGGUGGUCCUCCUCGUCGCCCUUUAUAUCGCCGUAGUGUCUACAGCGUCGGUGCAGGUGUCGCAGGUUGCCAAGAGAGCUGUAUCAGCGGAGUCCCUAUCUAGUGCGUCUAACAACAUGGCUGGAGGUGCGAAGAUCUGCCAUAGCAGGACACCCUGUGGAUGGGCUGUAUACAUACCGUUCACAAGGACUGUCGACUACUUCAUGAAAAAUACGUGUGUUUGCCCCAAGAACAAAGUCUGUUUGAGAACCGAUGACGACCUCAGUGUCUCUGCCUAUGUUUAUCGAUGCCGUGUCGACGCCAACCCCGCCGAAGCGGAUACGGAACCUCCUACUGCAGCACCGUCACCUUCAUAACCCCCACCUACACCUCGACUGUGACAGAUGCCUAACAAACAAACUACCCAAAGUACUAUUUCACACAGCAUUUCAAACAUGUUUCAACUAUGUAACUGUAAAAUUAGGUAACAGUGAUUUUUUAGUUUACAAAUAUUGAAAGUACGACAGUUUUGUGGUGUUUACGUGUGU